GAAGUAGACGUUACUGUUCACAUACAGGAGUUAUACCAUAAUAAGCGGUCGCUACUCACGUAGUAGAACUAACCAAGUCGAUUUACUUCGAAAUCAGGCACCGAUUUUUUUAUUGCUCUUCGAUAGCGAAUGCGUAAACAAGGUGCAAGUCUGCAAGGCUUGCAACAUACACUGUGUGAUACGCUUGUUAAAUAUCAACGUAUCAUAGCUGGUACAGCCUUGGCAGUGUCCUUGUUUAUCCUCUACUACUCCGUCAUAGUCCCGCCAGGGCUGAAUCAGCUACCGUCGUAUGUGUUUGGAUGUGUGAGGAGAGACCUGUUUAUGCACUUUAUAGCGUAUGGUACAUUGGGGACCAUUGUCUUUGCGAGUCUCACAGCGCCUUUGCUUGGAUCGGACACGCGUAAUCGCAGCAUAGUUUAUGGUAUGAUCCUCCUUUUAACCCACUCGCUAGUGAAAGAGUUCAUUCAGUACUACACUCCAGGACGCACGUGUGGGCUCGAUGAUGUAGCAAUGGAUAUGCUCGCGUCCUCGUGCGGAUGUGCUCUGAUGCUGGCUAUCACCACUGUGUUUGAGAAAGACAAGUAGUUGGUAAAAACUUUUAUUUGAAACGAGAUAAAUCAGUUAAAGUCAUACUUCGAAUAAACACUUAGAAUUAACGCCUG